AUGUCUACCGAACUUGACCUUUUGGCAGGGAAAGCCACAUCCCUCGUGCAAGAGGUGAGACAGAACUUGGACGACCUAAUGGCUGGCUGUCGAUCCCUUCAACAUCCUACACCCAGUGGAAUCAAGGAGAAUACAGUUACUCGGACACUUCAAUCCAGCAAACAUCUUCCCCAGAGUGCUGUGGUGAGAGUGAGCAAGGCUGACGUGGAUCAACUGGCCACAGAGACUAUGAUGCUCAAAGAGUUCCUCCCAAAACUGCUCACUCCAGAUGUUCUUGGUUCAUUCAGCACUCUCACCCAGCGAGAGCAAGAGGUGUGGGCAUUGAGGAAGGAGAGAGAGACAAUAGAGAAAGAGCUCGAACAUCUCCGGAGACGCAAUGAGUCCCUCAAGGCCGAAUUUGAACAGGAAAAACAGGAAAAGUUUUCUGCAAAGUGUGAAGUGAAUGAUCUUCAGCAGCAGCUGUCGCAGCAGGCAGACUACUGCACGUCAAUGGGAGCUGCCUGCUGCACUCUUCUGUGGAGAGUCUCCAGACAGGAGGAGUCCAUACACUCCAUACUCAGUGGGUCAAAGGUGAAGGAUCUCCUCCAGCUGGGAGCCAGUACUCUGCAGAGCUAUCUGGACACCUACACAAAUGAGACUCUACCAAACGACACUAGUCUAGAGUCUCAGUUUGUGCUGGCUCUCUGCGGGACCAUCACCAAUGUUGCGGCGUCUGCAUAUGGACGAAACUUUCUCAGUACUAAUGAAGAGGGACAGGCCCUCAUUGACGUGUUGUGCACUGCACUGGCUGAAGCUCCUACUGGAGCCGAGUGCUCAAAAUUGAAAAGAUUGCUACUUGUUACUCUGUACAACAUCAGCAUCAAUCAGAGUGGGCUACACUACCUCACGUCAAAGCCAGACCUCAUGAGGACGCUUGUCUGGAGGCUGCGUGACGAGUCGGAUUCUGCCAACCUGCUCCACAUCAUGAGGUUGCUGCAGUCGCUGAUUCUGGAGCCAGAUAAUGCCGGCACCGUGGCCCAGGCACUAGAGGCCGUCCCUCUCUCCCUCCUACAACACCUCACCAAUCUACCACACCAAGAAGUUCGGGAGAUGGCCCUGGAGUUGAUAUCAGAUAUACAGUCUCUCAAAAUGCCACACUAGAACGAUCACCUCCCAAACAUAAGAAACUGGGGAGGAGGAUAAAAUAGAGAUAAUUACAAACAUCACACAUUGUAUAAAUAAUAUAUCUGGGAGAUGUUUAAUCUUUCAAGUUACACACGACAUCGUCCACUUGUUUAAUGACGUCACUGUUCUUUAUGGCGUCCACGUGUUCCACGUUGGGAAAUUUCAUCAUGGUUAGAUUGUAGGUCAUCUGAGUCUGCCACACCUUGCACGACUCCAGGCUGUUUAUAUUGACAGUUCCGUCCCCGUCACCCAUGAUUUCUUCAGGCUCCGUAUCGGGGAACUCAUCUGCAGUGUAGACAAAUCU